UAUGUUAGAACUUUUAUAACUACAAAAAGUAUUUUUGAUAGUGACGUAAAACUACUUUUAUAUAUAUACAUACAGCAGUAUAAUAAACUGCUUUGACAUUUAACAAAGUAGUAUAGCUACGAAUUCCAACAUAAUUAACAAAAAAACUCAUCAUGCCUUCAACUGUUAUAUUUGUUAUUUUAUUGGUUUUCAUACAAGGGAGUGAGAAAGUAUUAACAAUAAGCGAUGAUACACCUAAUUUACCAAGCUCAAGUUCACAAGAUGAAAGUGUACCUAUGCUAAUAGACUCAGAAAUCAUAGACACUUGUCCAAUAUGUCUUGACGACAUGAAAAAGCGUCAGGAUAUUACGCUGGUCGAUGAGUGUUGUAGAAAGUCAUAUCAUGCAUCAUGUUUAAAUACAUGGAAAGAAAAAUCAAAUACAUGUCCAAGCUGUCGAGGAAGUCUAAAUCAAAUAUGUUCUUUAUGUAAUGCGAAAACAAAACUUACUACAAGAUUGUUCUGUUGUGGAAGAAUCUAUUGUGACAAAUGUCUUUAUUAUAGUUAUAGAAAAACGUGUCCAUGCGGAAGUGAUAUAGCAAAAGGUAUUCCUUACGAUGGUUUCCGCAAAUGUUCGGAUUGCACAAACGUUGGGGUGAGAAGCUUUUCUCAUCGCUGUCCACAUACUUAUUGUGAGGAAUGCUUUAACAAAAUGAGUAAUAGCCCUAUGAAUGCCUGUCUGCAUUGUGGCGAAAAAGAACUAUAAAAUCAUGUUUAAAAUGUUUAAAUAAAUUCUAUAACUUUAAAAUAUUUGUCUUAUUUAAAAUUAUUAAAUUUUUAAAUUCAUUAAAAAAUUGAAAUAAAAUAAAAAUUCAAUAAAAUUUUAAUAAGAUGAUUAAAAACUAA